AUGGAUAUCGACCUUAUCCAGAUUUCAAAGAAUAACAAUGGAUCAGCAGCUGUGGCCUUCAUGAGCUACACUAACUUGUCGAGUAUACUGCAUCCCAGCCUGUUUAACCAAACUAACGACACAGUGAAAACCAUGAUGUCCGCAGUGAUAUCAGUCACACUGCCCAGAACUGCCAACCAAACGCUCACCACACCAGUCAACUUUACUAUGAAACACAUUGCAGAAAUUGAUCCUAAAGGUACACUUUCCUGUGUGUACUGGAAGAACACUGAAUGGGUUGAAGAUGGGUGUUCCCUUCUCCAGACCAACAACAGCCACUCUGUUUGCUCCUGUGUUCACCUGUCAACCUUCGCUCUCAUCAUGCAAACUGAGGCACUUGCGGGAGAAGAUAGCGAUCCUGUGAUAGAUGUCCUUGACACCGUGGCUGUGGCUGUAGGGCUGGUGUUCCUGAGCUUGACCCUGUUGACCUUUGCUCUUUGUCAUCGAAACCCAAGAGUGACCAACACAGCUCGGAUCAAUCUCUGUAUAAGCCUGCUGCUGGCCCACCUUCUCUUUCUGCUCACACAGAAAUUUCUGCAUAACAUACGCAGUCAGCAGCUACUGUGUGCAGUGCUGGCAGGCAUGCUGCACUUCUUCUUUCUCUCUGCUUUUGUGUGGAUGUUCAUUGACGCUGCUCUACUCUUCAUCUCCAUGAAGAACCUAACAAAGAUCCGAUCAAACGAAAAGGCAGGUCUUCUGUGGAAAUUGCUGGUUGUGAUUGGAUACGCUGUACCUCUUUUUGUGGUGGGUGUGUCUGCUGGAGUUGUUCCUGGUGGAUAUGGCAGUGAAAGGUGCUGGCUAAAGACAGGCUUUUUGUGGAGUUUUCUGGGGCCUGUUGCUUUCAUUCUUACAGCAAACACGAUUCUCUUCAUCUGCAUACUGAUCAUCAUAAUCUCAACUCUUACAAACAUGAAAAGUAAAUCUCUGAAAAUCAAACGACCUGAAAGUGAACAUCGUUUCAUUGUAAGUGUGGCUCUGAAAACCAUGAUCCAGUUUAUCAUCCUUGGUUGCUCCUGGAUUCUGGGAUUUUUCACACAGGACAGUAAGGCGUUGGAGAUUAUCUUCCUGUUCCUCAACUCCCAGCAGGGCACCUUCAUCUUCCUGGUCUACUGUGUCCUCAACCAAGAGGUCAGCCAUCACCGGUUCUACCUUAGCGCUAUGGCAAACUGA